UUCGAUGUACAGUUAAUGGCAUGCUACAAUGCAAGCAAUGACUUUAUAUUUCUUUCUACACUUGUGACGCGGCAUCGGUAUAUUCGUAUAUAAAUUAAACGCCACGAGUCGUCGAGACGAAAGAGAGCUGUCUUUACAAAAGUGUUUUACACGUGUUGUUCGCGUACAAUACAUUUUCUCGUACAGUAUAAAAUUACUUUCCUGUUUACACACUCACGAAAUAUUACAAUCUUACUGUAUUACACGGUACAAUUACUAGUAUAUUACAGACAUUCGAGCGCCUUACGAUAAUAAAAAUUCAAUGAAAGAAACACAUGUUGAAGAGUUGCUAAUUACAAGUGCAUGUCGAGUAAUACCGCUAUUAUACAUCGUUAAGGAAAUCCGACGAUAAACAGUCACGUACGAUCGGAGGAAAACCGAUUAUGUAGAAACAUUAAGUAAAUCCAGCGUAACAUUAUUUAAAGUUAUAGAAUUUAGCUUAAUAAUUCACACAGGGAAAAAUAAUAUUGAUCGUUUCCCCUAGCACCACCACACAAACAAUCACUAAAACUAUAAAUUAUAUAGCGAUAAAUUAAUCGUUCCAUUCUAUUACAAAGUAAGUAAUAUGUUUCAAGGAUGUCACCGUUUGGACUCAAUACUAUUGAAUACUAUCACGAAUAAUAAAUAAAAUUACAUACGAAACAUUGCUAUGAAACAAAGUUGAAAUAUCGAUUGCGUACACAAAAUAUCAAUUUCGUUACAGAAAUGUUCUUUUCCCACUUUAAAUUAAGAACAUGUAACCCGUCGAUAUUCUAAACUAAUACAAAAUUCAAUUUGGACGGGGAAUCUUUUGGCACAUACUGGUCCAUAGCAUAAUGGCACUUUCCGAAGCCACUUUCUCAGAAGUGGAUAAAUCAAUCGUAUUGAUAUUUUGUUUUCUAGAGUUGUUCUACUAUGUCAUGAUCGUUCUUGUAAGACGUUUGUUUGAUACUAUUUUUUUGAGAAUGCUUCGUCUUUUUUAAUUCCUUAGCGAAGUACAUUAUCGUCGUUUUAAGUCCUUCGGCUAGAGGAACCUUCGGUUCCCAAUUCAAAUACUUCUUAGCUCUACUAAUAUCGGGUCUCCUUCGUUGUGGAUCAUCUUCGACUGCGGCAAGUUCGACUAUCUUACUAUUAGUACCAACUAGUUCCUUUAUUAUAAGGGCGAAUUCUUCUAUUGUAUGCUCGACAGGAUUUCCAAUGUUUAUUGGUUGAGUAUAAUUAGACGCCAUUAAGGCAACUAAUCCAUCGACUAAAUCAGAUACGUAUUGAAAAGAUCGCGUCUGUUUCCCACUGCCAUAUAUCGUAAUUGAAUCAUUCUGUAAUGCCUGCAGAAUAAAAUUCGAAACUACACGACCGUCGUUCAUAUGCAUCCUUGGCCCAAAUGUAUUAAAAAUUCGAGCAACGCGCACCGAGACACCCUCUUGUCUCAUGUACGCGUAGCUUAAUGUUUCCGCUACACGUUUCCCUUCGUCGUAACAAGCUCUUGGACCUAUAGGAUUCACAUGGCCCCAGUAAGUCUCUGACUGAGGAUGCUCAUUAGGAUCUCCAUAAACCUCGGAUGUACUAGCUAUUAAAACUCUUGCUCCUACCCUUUUUGCAAGACCUGAUAUAUUUAUUGUACCUAACGUAUUUGUUUUUAUUGUUUUGACUGGAUUAAGCAUAUAAUGUGGUGGACUAGCUGGGCUAGCAAGAUGAUAUAUCUCAUCAACCUCUAGGUAAAGAGGUCUGACAAUGUCAUGGUGAACAAGUUCAAAGUUCUCAUGGCCAACCCAAUGUUCAACAUUACGCUUUCUUCCAGUAAAAAAGUUAUCUACAACUAUUACUUCGUGGCCAGCAAGCAUUAAACGGUCAACCAAAUGUGACCCAACGAAGCCUGCACCGCCUGUGACCAAUAUCCUUUUUCGGUUUUUAUAGUUCAGGAAUUUGACCGUUGGGAAAUCUUUCGACACCUUGUUCUCAAUCUUGGCUUCAAGAUGUUGCAAUUUACCCUCUAAUUCACGAAUCCGUAUUUUUGCUUCUUCGAUAUUUUUGAUAUCCGUGUAACGUACAUUGUCGUCAGUCUCUUGAACUUUUUCAUUGACAGAGUCAAUCUCGUUUAUAUCCCCUAAGCGAGAUUUCCGAUCUCUCGGAUGUAGUCGGGUAAAAGAUUGUUCAUCUUCUGGAUUGACUAACGUUUUGUAAAAUCCUAACACUAAUAUUAUACAAAUCACGGAAAAGGCAACCUGUUUCAUCUUUCGUGGCGUGACGACCAUGCUUCAACAUUGCACGUGUCAUUGAAGAUUUACUUUAUAUUUCCCAUGAACUUGUCAUAGAUUAACAUUAUAGCAUCACACGAUAAGAAGAAGAGCGUUCGAUUCCAACAUGUUAUUUUCUGGUUUUUAUGAUAGGACAUAACCUCUUACAUCAUCACUGUUUAUCGUGAAAUUCACAAUACUUCAAACACUGUUUUACUUAAUUAUUGAUGUAAUGUUGGUGCUGCUAUCUGAGCACCCUGACGCAAACGUUUCACAAAUUUUGUUUCUUAUUGUCUGUUUGGUCUGAUGUAUCGUGGGCCGAUAACUUAACCUCAAAAUUUUCAGUGGACACUCACGCAGGCGCAGAUGCUGUUUUUUGAUUGAUAUAUAAGGCUGUGGCAGUACAAAGGAAACAUCUCAAGUAGUUUUUCUGGAGUCACAGUGGCAGUGGCAUUUGAAAUAUGGCAGAGGUCAUUGAUUGCAAUUUUCCUGUUUGGGGCCUUUUACCUAAAAAAGAGACUGGUGUCACUCAAUUUCUUACCAAAUAUCCCGAAUACGAUGGCCGAGGAGUUAUCAUUGCAAUUUUCGAUUCAGGGAUUGAUCCUGGGGCUCCUGGUAUGCAGGAAACUUCAGAUGGAAAACCAAAAAUUAUUGAAAGAUAUGACUGUAGUGGAGCUGGAGAUGUAGAUACUAGUAAAGUUGUGCAAGCACCUGAUGGAUAUAUAACAGGAAUAAGUGGUCGUAAAUUAAAGGUUCCAUCGAGUUGGAAAAAUCCCACUGGACAUUAUCAUAUUGGAGUAAAGAAUUUGUAUUCACUGUAUCCAGGAAAGUUAAGAGAAAGAGUAUUAAUAGAAAGAAAAAAACGAUUAUGGGACACAUGUCAAAAAUCUGCACUUGCAGAAGCAUCUAGACAACUACAAGAAUUUGAAGUAAAGAAUCCACAAUUAAACAGUUUAAAAGAAAGACUAGAAAAGGAAGAGCUUGAAACUAGGGUUGAAAUAUUAAAUAAUAUAGAAAAAAAAUACUCCGACGUAGGACCUACAUAUGACUGUGUUGUUUUUCAUGAUGGUGAAGUUUGGAGAGCAUGCAUUGACACUUCUGAACAAGGUAACUUGGAAGCUGGUGUCCUUUUAGGAGAAUACACUUUGACAAGAGAAUAUGCACCUCUUAUACCUGAAGAUCAAUUAAAUAUUAGUAUUAAUGUUCACGAUGAUGGAAAUACAUUAGAAAUUGUUACAAGUCACGGUACACACGUAGCUUCAAUUGCAGCAGCAUAUUUUCCUGAUAAUCCUGAAUCAAAUGGUGUAGCGCCUGGUGCUCAAAUUAUUUCAUUAAGUGUGGGAGAUGGCCGCAUCGGUACAAUGGAAACAGGAACUGCCGUAGUACGUGCAAUGAUACAUGUAAUGAAACACAAAGAGAAAAUACACAUAAUAAACAUGAGUUAUGGAGAACAUGCUCACUGGUCUAACACGGGAAGAAUAGGAGAAUUAAUGAAUGAAGUUAUCGAUAAACAUGGUGUAACGUGGGUAGCGUCUGCUGGUAAUCUCGGACCUGCUUUAUGCACUAUUGGGACACCGCCAGAUAUCAGUACCAACAGUGUAAUUAGUGUUGGUGCUUAUGUGUCUCCUGACAUGAUGGUAGCUGAAUAUUCUUUAAGAGAAAAAAUGCCGGGCAUGUCAUACACGUGGUCAUCUCGAGGUCCAAUGAUUGAUGGUGGAGCUGGAAUUACUGUAUGCGCUCCAGGAGGAGCUAUAACUAGUGUCCCUAAUUUUACAUUAAGAAAAAGUCAACUCAUGAACGGCACGAGCAUGGCUGCCCCUCAUGUUACUGGAGCUAUUGCAAUACUUAUAUCAGGACUUCUUGCAAAAGGUUGUCCUUUUUCACCAUAUAGUAUAAAAAGAGCGCUUGAAAACACAGCUUUAUAUAUACAAAACCUAGAUUCUUUUGCACAAGGUUCAGGAUUAUUACAAGUUGAACGUGCGUUCGAUAAUCUUCUUACUUAUAAUGAUGUACCUGAAAGGGAUGUAAGAUUUACCAUUAACUGUGGUCCAAAUAACGCCAAAGGAAUUCACAUGAGAAACGGUGUCAUUGAUCGAUCAAAAGAUUAUGCCAUUACUGUCGAACCUGUAUUCCUUAAUAGCGAAAAUACUGACCCAGCACGCAAAAUUGCUUUCAAUUUGAAAUUAACUUUGGUAUGCGAUGCAUCUUGGGUACAUUUUCCAACGCAUCUUGAUUUAAUGAAUAUGGUUCGUGCAUUUGCUAUCAAAGUUGAUGGCUUUAAUUUACCCGAAGGUGUCCAUACAACUAGCGUGCGAGCAUAUGAUGUAACAGAUAUUGCAAAAGGACCAGUGUUCCAAAUACCAAUAACUAUAGUGCAACCACAAACACUGCCAAAAACUGCGAUCCUUCCAGACUUAGCGUAUACAAAUAUUUUAUUUAAACCAAAUACAAUCCGUCGACAUUUUAUUCUUGUUCCUGAAGAUGCAACAUGGGCGGUGGUUAGAUUGAAGAGCACAGAAAAAGAUAAAACUGGAAGAUUUGUGAUUCAUAGCGUUCAACUGAAACCACGUUUAUCCUGUAAAACUCUAGAAGUUAAUAAGUUGUUCACUGUUACUUCUCAGUCAGAAAUUGUCCAUCCAUUUGCUGUUCAGGGAGGAUUGAUCUUAGAAGUGGUUAUUGCAAAAUAUUGGGCAAACAUAGGUGACAUGUUAGUCGAUUAUUACAUAGAAUUUCAUGGUAUCCAUAUGAUAAAUGGAAAUCUUACAAUGCAAUCUGGCGAUGGAAUAAAUCGCUUAGAAGUACGAAGUUCUCUCAGGAAUGAAGAAGUAGUACCCAAUAUUUGUCUUAAAUCAUCCGUACAAGUAUUGAAACCCACUGACGCAAAAAUUGCUCCUUUACGAGAACGAGAUAUUAUUCCGCCUUCACGACAAAUUUAUGAAUUGCAAUUAACGUAUACGUUCCACUGCGCAAAAGCAACUGAAGUAACUCCAAAUGCUGCAUUGCUCAGCGAUUUAUUAUAUGAAAGCGAAUAUGAAAGUCAAAUGUGGAUGAUUUAUGAUACUAAUAAACAACUCAUUUGUUGUGGAGACGCAUACCCAUCCAAAUAUGCUAAUCAAAAAUUAGAAAAAGGCGAUUAUACUUUAAAAAUGCAUGUACGUCAUGAAAAGAAAGAUUUACUCGAUAGAUUAACGGAAAUGCCGUUCCUUUUAAGUCACAAGCUAAAUAAUCCAAUUAAUCUGGAUGUAUAUGCCAGUCAGUCACAAGCUAUUAUUGGUGGCAAGAAAAUGAUAGCAGCUUCAGUUCCACCCGGUCAUAUUCUUCCUUUAUAUGUUGCUCCUCUGACUAAUGAAAACAAAGUUUCCAAAAGUACUGCCUUAGGAAGUGGUAGUUACUUACAGGGUUCAUUAACCUUCUGCAAAGAUGAUAAUGGGAAAAAAGUGGAUUGUCACACGUUUAAGUAUAUUUUAUCUGAACCAACCAAAAAAUCUAGUAGCAGCAGUAGUAGCAAUAGCCCUUACAAUUCAUCAAAGGAGAAGACUACCAAAUGGGAUGAAUACAAUGAAGCACUUAGAGAUUUCAAAUGCAGUUGGCUUACGAAGCUGGAACCUGGAGAAUAUGCAAAUCUACUUUAUGGAGAGUUAAAGAAUCUCUUCUCUGAUCAUUUGCCCGUCCACACUGCCAUGCUAAUUUCUUUGGACUCACCUGAAGCUCGACGUCAUGUACCACAUGAUGAUAUCUCAGAAGAAUCUGUUUCUCUGGCAAAUCAAAUAAUAACUGUCGCAGAUGCUGUGAUUACAAAUAUUGAUCAAGAUAAACUCUUGGCGUAUUAUGGAUUAAAGAGUGAUCAACGCGAUGAUGCAGCAAAGAUUAGAACAACUAUGGAAAAACAGAAGUUUAGCUUGAUAAAAGCAUUAGUAAAGAAAGGAUGUGCAUUAGCGCGAUUGUAUGUACACAGUAUGAAAAAAGGAGAAGGAGAUCGUCAAUCAUAUGAACAUUUAUUAGAGAGUGUAACACAUCAUUGGCAAGAAAUAAUUAAUCUCUCAUUAUGGCAUGCCCAUAUUAAUAAUCAUUAUGGCCGCUAUUUGAAAUUAUUAUUGCGUUAUUAUGAAGAACAUCCAUUAAAAGAAGUUGAUGAAAAAUGUAUAGAACUUGCAAACAUCUUAGGAUGGGAACACUUGUCACGUCACAUUAACACAAGUAUACCAUCGCGUUAUCCUCCUUCAUACAGAUCGUUUUGAUUAACGGUAACUGAUAUUUAUUUGAUUUUAACUUUAAAAUUAGUUGUGACAUAUAAUAAAGUACACAUCUUUUUUUAGAUAUAAUAAGAUCAAUUUGAUAUUCUGACAAUGGAAACUAAUCAUGGCAAACAGUUUCCAAUGCAUCUUUAUGGUAGAAAUAUCUCUGCCAAAGUUAUUCAGGUGUAUUAUACACUUAGAAAAAUAUAAUUUUAUUCACAUUUAUAAAAAAAAGUACUAAAAAAUGAUUCUAGAAAAAUAUUUUAAUUUUUGACUAUAACAAAUUAAAUAAUAUUAAUUUUUACAAUGUAUGAUUUAUUUUAUGGAAAUCGUAUCUCGCUUAAUUAAUUUUAACAAAUCACGAAAUAAGAUAAUAAUAAUAUGACAUAUGUACUAAGAAAAAUUUGAAUACAUUGCUGAUUUUUAUGCAUUAAUGACAAUGUUAAAAAAGUAUGACAAUAUGUGUAUGUAUGCUUGCACAGAAAAGAUAUAUCAUUAAAAGUAUCAUUGUUUUAAUAGUGCAUUUUAAUGGCGUUUAACAUUUCAAAAGAGAAAGAAGCGCCAGAAUAUCAUGGAAACUGUUAUCAAUUUAGAAAUUAAAAUUUUUGAAUGAUAAUGUGUUGUUUGAAAAUAUUCAUUUUAACUAAUAUAAUCUUUAUCAUUUAAAAUCAUUUAGGUUUUUCCAUUUUCACUAUAUAUUAAAUGUAAAUAUAUAUACAUAUUAUACAUAUACAGGUAUUUUCUUUAUAUUCAUAAUAUAA